AUGGAGGAGCAAUUGGUCGGAGAUGAGGGACCCAAUUAUGAUUGCCUUAGAAAACGCUAUUUUGAUGGUAGUCAUAAAGGGCCAGGGCUAGGGUUAGGGUUUGACACUACUACUUGUGUUGCACCUGCAUGUCAUAAUAACCGCAGUAAUGGAGGACUUGAACAUCAGAGACCUAGGGGCGCAUAUGGAAAAGACGGUAGUAGGGUUGCUCAAUUCCAAUCUGAGGCAAAUCGUAAUUUGGGUUCUCACUACCCUCCUCAGCAAGCCUGCCCGAUUAUGCCUUUCCAGAUGCCCUUUGUGGUGACUCGUAUAUCAGUGCCGUCUUCUACUUCUAGUGUAGACUCUCAAUCUCUCAUGCCGGUGCCAUCUGUGGAUUCAAGGCCUCAUGUAAACAUGCAUAAUUCUAGCCCUCCUGCUCCCACUGUGCACUCAACGUUAUCUAUGCAGCAGAACCAGAGGAAUCAAGGCCCUUUUAUUGUAAAACAAGCCAUGCCACUUCUACCACCAGGUCCCCCUCCUUACCCACAAGACAUACUUCCGGUUCAGAACCCUUAUCCAGUUGCCUCUAGCAACCAGCCCGGCAUCAGUGCAUAUUCUGGUUUGAUUACUUCGCUCUUGGCCCAAGGUUUGAUCUCAGUGACAAAUCAAACCCCUCCCCAGGUUUCUUUAGGAGUUGAGUUUAAGGCCUACCCUCUCAAGGUGCGGCAUGAAUCUGUAAUAACUGCUCUAUACGGUGAUCUUCCAGGACAAUGCACAACCUGUGGCCGUAGGUUCAAGUGCCAAGAAGAGCAUAGUAAGCAUAUGGAUUGGCAUGUAACCAAGAACUGUAUGUCUAAAAGCCGUAAGCUGAAGCCCUCUCGUAAAUGGUUUGUGAAUAUGAGCUUGUGGUUUAUUGCUGCAGAGGCAUUGUGUACUAAUGCAGCUCCUAAAUUUAUGUCUGCUGAGACCACUGUGGAAAAGAAGAAUAGUGAUGAAGAAGUGGCUAUUCCUGCUGAAGAAGAUCAGACUUCGUGCGUGUUAUGUAGAGAGUGCUUUGAUGAUUUUUAUAGUCAUGAGAGAGAGGAGUGGAUGUAUAAAGAUGCUGUGUACUUGAAUGCGCCUGAGGGAUCAACAGAAGGCAUGGAUAGGUCAAAGUUGGGUCCUAUAGUGCAUGCUAAAUGCAGGCAAGAGGGUAGUCAAAGAAAACGGUUGCGGAGGAGUUAG